AAAAAAUUAAUCUGCAAAAUGCACGUGCCAGUGUGUUAGGUUAUGUUUUCAUUUGAAUGGGGUUUCUUGUAACCCUUUUUUGUUUUUAAAAUGAGUAAUUCUGAAAAUGUAGAGAAGAAGAUAUGGACAGAGCAGGAAAGGCUGAAACUGGCAGCCAAAUUAGAUAAAGAGUUAGAUGAGUUUAUUGACAAAUUACCAAGAAAAAAAUAUGAAGAUGGAUGGCCAGAAGAUCGUUGGGAAGAGGAAAUGGCAAAACAUCCAUUUUUUAUGAAAGAACCCCCAAAACCUGGUGAUGAGCUUCAUCCCCUUUUUGAAGGACUUCAGAAGUUAAAAUAUGAUCCUGAAGAAAAUGAACCAGAAGAUUUGGCUGUAAGUUACAAGGAUGAUGGAAACUUUAAUUUUAAGUAUAAAAACUAUAGAUUAGCUGUUAUUUCAUAUACGGAGGGAAUUAAAGUUAAAUGCAAAGAUCCAGAGAUCAAUGCAACUCUAUUAAAUAACAGGGCUGCAGCACACUUCUUUUUGAAAAAUUUUAGAUCUUCGCUGCAGGAUUGUGAACUAGCUUUAAAACUCAAACCUGACUAUGACAAAGCGCUAAUAAGAGCUGCAAACUGUUGCUUUGAAAUGAAGAAAUACAAAAAAGCUGUUGAGUACUGUGAUAUUUUAUUAACGAAAGACAAGGAAAAUAAAACCGUAUUAGAUUUACGAAAAAAGUGUACUAAUGCAGAAAAGUUAAAAGAGAGGGACGAAAGAAAAAAAGAACAAGUAGCAAAAAAGAGAGAGAAAGAAGAAAAAGUGCUAAUUAAUGAGAUUAUUAGCAGAGGUUAUAAUAUAGAAGGAGGAUCAAAAGGAAAUCUCUCAUUAGAUAAGUUGGAACCAUGUUUCCCACAAUUGGUACACAAUAGAGUGUAUUUGGAUGAAAAUAGUAUUUUGGUAUGGCCUGUAGUAUUUGUAUAUCCCGAGUAUAAAAUAAUGGAUUAUAUACAGGAAUUUAGCGAAAACCAAACAUUUUUUGAUCAGCUCAGUGUGGUAUUUGAAUAUCCACCUGAUUGGGACGAUCAAAGAAAAUACAAAACUGAUCAACUCAAUAUUUAUUUCGAAACACCACAAAAGAAAAUGAAACAUGUUGAACAUGGCACACUUUUAGGCAAUAUUCUUAAAUGCAAAGAGUAUGUUAUCAGAGGUGGAACUCCUUCCUUUAUUAUUUUGGUCAAAAAUAGUCCCGCCGAGAAAAGAUUUUUGGAAGAAAGUUGAUGGUUUUAUUUUAUAUAUUUUUUGUUAAUAAAAAUAAAUUAAAAAUUAUUCUCUA